AAAUGGGAGGCAUCAGACAUAAAAUUAGAAACAAAGGAUGAGAUGUAAGAUAUAAGGAAGGAUAAAGAGAACUAUAUAAAUACUCUUAGAAAAGAAAGUGAUUAUGUGAUAAUACAAAAGAAAGUGAGAUAUAAUAAAGUGACCAGUAAAUUAAUUACAGAAACAGCCAAUUCUAUAUACGUGCACCAGUUUCAAAGUUGAUAGUUUCAUUCUCUCUCGCAAGAAGUGAAGAAAAAUGUCUCAGAAAAGAGAUAGCAGUGCAAGCCCAUCGGACGAAGAAAUGAAGAAAAAGGUGAAACUUGAUGCGUCUUCAUCAAAUGGAUCAGCUUCUGCGAUUGGAACGGCUGCUAAUGAAGAUAGCUUGAAGCCAUUAAUGGAAUCCAGCGACAAGGCCAAUACGGAUUCUUCAUCACUGAAUAUUCAUGGCCAACAUUCCCAAACUGAGAAUAUGGGGAGUCCAUCUUCCUCAUUAAGAAAAUCGCCCAGUUCCAGCAGAGAAGAGCAGUCGCCUGGCUUGGUAGAUGGUGGACCAAGUGAGAGACAACUCGUCUACAUGAAGAAGUUGACAUUCAGCGACAUCUACUAUGGGAGGAUGAUGAUUCCACUGGAAUGUGCAGCAGUAUUUUUCCCUGGACUCAAGAGAAGGAUAAUCCUACCAGUUAUGGACAGUAAGAGGCAGCUCUGGGAUAUAGAGGCUUCAUUCGAUGAGUUGAGCUCUUGCUACAUGCUUCGGGCGAACUGGAAUACAUUUGCCAAUGAACAUGGUUUAAGACCCGAAGAUAAAAUUUUCUUCUACCAAGACCCCAAGCUUGACUACUACUUGAUUGAAUAUGAAAAACGGGGAGGGAAUGGGCAAUUGCCAGGGAGAGUUGCUGCUGAAGACAAGUGAGGGGCAGUUUUGGGUCGUGCAAUGCAUCGGAGACAAGGUUAAUCCAAAGCCUUUUUAUCAUUUCCAUAUGUGAAAAUAACAAGAUUGAUGAGCGAAGAAGGAAGAAGGAGAAAGGAAAGAUCAACAUUGUAUGCAGUCACCAGCUUCCUUUAUUAGGCAUAUAUAUAUAUAGUGUCUGUCUGUACCAUGCAGCACUGAGAGCUUACAAAGAGUCUGCAUGGCUGAUGUGAUUUUUAGUUUGGUUUCAGUAUGCUGAUUAAUUCACCUAGCAUCAGACCUGGAAAAUUUGUUGGACAGCAGGAUCUUUGACAUUUUCCUUAACAAAUAAUACCUAGGGAUAACCGAUUAAAAGGGACAAAAAUCCCUCAAUAUUGCAAAACUAACCCUUUACUUAUUUAGGUCUCAAAAAUGACCCAAUUUGGACAAAAAUACCCCCUCACCCCCUCAGUUAUCUUUCUCAGCCCUUUUUCCCUCCAACUCCAAUUUUCUCUUGUAUUGUGUCUCUUCGUUACCCUUUUUCCCUCCAACUCCAAUUUUCUCUUGUAUUGUGUCUCUUCGUUACCCUGCAAACCCAUUUGUUCCAUCUGUUAACCUGCGAGAAAGAAGUCACGAAGGAUUUUUCUGUUUAUUGCAAGAGAACAAAAAGGCAACACAAUACAAAGAAAAAACAGAAAGUAAGUUUCACUGUUUCAUUCUUUGAUUUUGGUUUUUCGAACUGUAUAUAUGAAUCUUCAUCCAUGAAAUGAGAAGAAACCCUAAGUGUCUUAUUUUGGUUCUUAUUUUUUUCUUUUAAUCAAACCCGAUUUUUCAUCUUUCUGAUAUUGUGUGUUGAUUCAGUUCAUGAAAAUGGAGGAAGAAAAAAAUUCUGUGAUGAAAAAUACGAAACAGAAGAGGUAUAAAAUUUUGGGAAAAAAGAGAAGUGAAAGAAAGCCAGGUUUUGAAACCUCUUCAUCGUCAUCAGAAAAUGAGAAGAAAUCAACUGAUUCAAUUGACAUUCCUCCUCCUCUCCUAUCUUUUAUAUCUAAAAUAUCUAAAGAGGAGUACUUUCCUGGAAAAAUUGCAUGUUUGUCUCACUUGGUAGCCAUUGAAAAUAUUAAGAAGAAAUUGACUGAACCACAAUUGGAGAUGUUUAGAAAAUCAUGUUUUGGUCAUUUUUUACUCCUUCCCGAACUUAGAUUUUCAGCCCAAAUUGUUCAUCAAUUGUUGUUACGUCAAUGUGAAACCAAAAAAGACAAUGAAAUAUGGAUUUUAUUAAAGUCAAAGGGCUUAAGAUUUAGUAAAGAAGAGUUUGCAUUGAUUACGGGCUUGAGUUUUGGUCCUAUUACAAAAUGUGAUAAAAAAUCAUUACGAAUAAGGGACACAUACUUUAAAGGAGAAAACAAGGUGCGUAAUGAUGAGUUGGAGAAAGUUUUUCUUUCUUUAGGAGAGGAAAAGAAAAAG